AUGUGGAGGGAGGGACAUGAGUGUCCCAAUGUGUCUCAGUGUGUCCCAGAGUGUCCCAAUGUGUCCCAGUGUGUCCCAGAGUGUCCCAAGGUGUCCCAAGGUGUCCCAGUGUGUCCCAAAGUGUCCCAGAGAGUCCCAAUGUGUCCCAGUGUGUCCCAGAGAGUCCCAAUGUGUCCCAGUGUGUCCCAAAGUGUCCCAGAGAGUCCCAAUGUGUCCCAGUGUGUUCCCAAUGUUUCCCAAUGUGUCCCAGUGUGUUCCCAAUGUUUCCAAAUGUGUCCCAGUGUGUCCCAAAGUGUCCCAGAGUGUCCCAAUGUGUCCCAGUGUGUCCCAGAGUGUCCCAAGGUGUCCCAGUGUGUCCCAAAGUGUCCCAGAGAGUCCCAAUGUGUCCCAGUGUGUCCCAGAGAGUCCCAAUGUGUCCCAGUGUGUCCCAAAGUGUCCCAGAGAGUCCCAAUGUGUCCCAAAGUGUCCCAGAGAGUCCCAAUGUGUCCCAGUGUGUCCCAGAGAGUCCCAAUGUGUCCCAAAGUGUCCCAAUGUGUCCCAGUGUGUUCCCAAUGUGUCCCAGUGUGUUCCCAAUGUUUCCCAAUGUGUCCCAGUGUGUUCCCAAUGUGUCCCAGUGUGUCCCAAAGUGUCCCAAUGUGUCCCAAUGUGUCCCAGUGUGUUCCCAAUGUUUCCCAAUGUGUCCCAGUGUGUUCCCAAUGUGUCCCAGUGUGUCCCAAAGUGUCCCAGUGUGUUCCCAAUGUGUCCCAGGGUGUCCCAAUGUGUCCCAAUGUGUCCCAGGGGGUCUGA